AUGGGCUCUACGGACAUAGCGCCAGAUCAUGCGCCCUCCUGGCUUGUCCCGCUCUCGACCGUCCUCCUCGGGCUAGGAGUUGUCAGCUGGGACCUCACAUACAUUUUGACGAUUCGACGCAGUCUCGCCACCAAGUCGUACGGUCUUCCAGCCGCGGCUCUUGUGGUCAACAUUACCUGGGAGGCCGUCUACGGCUUCUACGUCAGCCAGGCUUGGCUUGAGCGCGCCGGCUUCACCCUCUGGUUCCUGCUCAACCUCGGCUGCGCUUGGACGACCGUCCGCUUCGCGCCCCUCGACUGGGCCCACACGUCUCCGUGGGUCGGCCGGCACAUGGCCGGGCUCAUGGCCGGAAUGGCCGUCGUCUGUCUGUGGGGACAUUGGGCAUUUGUAUCCUGGUGGCUGGCCGAGCCUCACCGGGGGUCCGGCGAUAAGGCGGGCAAGUGGUAUUUCGGUCGCGAUGGGUACGACACCACCGAGUUGGCUUUCUGGUCUGCCGCUGUUGCUGGAUUGCUGACUAGUGCCUGCGGUAUUGCUAUGCUGAUCAAUCGCGGGCACUCGGGUGGCACAGACUACAAAAUAUGGUGA